AUGGUCCAUCUCGCUAGAGUCCAUCGCCCUAGCGAUGCCCUGGAUCCUACGAUCAAGCGGGUUGAUUCCAUCAAGUUGGACGCUGUCGAGGAAGAUGGGUUCUACUCGAGUGUGUACGGCACGCGGUUCGCCACCCAGCAGCUGCCCCAGACGGAGAUGCCGGAAGGCGAGAUGCCUCGCGAGGUGGCCUACCGUAUGAUCAAAGAUGAGCUGAGUCUGGAUGGGAAUCCGAUGCUCAACUUGGCGAGUUUUGUCACAACUUAUAUGGAAGACGAGGCGGAAAAGCUCAUGGCCGAUUCUUUCAGCAAGAACUUCAUCGACUACGAGGAAUACCCGCAAUCGGCGGAGAUCCAAAACCGCUGUGUCAACAUGAUCGCUCAUCUCUUCAAUGCUCCCGUAGAGAGUGACGACCAUCCCAUGGGGACCUCAACCAUCGGAUCCUCGGAGGCCAUCAUGCUGGGCACCCUCGCCAUGAAGCGGCGAUGGCAGAACAAACGACGCGCCGAAGGCAAGGACUGCUCACGACCCAACCUAGUGAUGAACAGCGCGGUGCAAGUGUGCUGGGAGAAGGCGUCCCGGUACUUUGACGUUGAAGAGCGCUACGUCUACUGCACUGAGGACCGUUAUGUGAUCGACCCGCAGCAGGCGGUGGACCUGGUCGACGAGAACACCAUUGGCAUCUGCGCCAUUCUGGGUACCACGUACACGGGCGAGUACGAGGACGUGAAGGCGAUCAACGACCUCCUCGUGGAACGGAAAAUUGACUGUCCGAUCCAUGUGGACGCCGCCAGCGGGGGCUUCGUGGCUCCCUUCAUACACCCGUCGCUGCAGUGGGAUUUCCGCCUGGAGAAGGUGGUCUCCAUCAACGUGUCGGGCCACAAGUACGGCCUCGUCUACCCCGGGGUGGGCUGGAUUGUGUGGCGGUCCCCGGAGUACCUGCCUAAGGACCUGAUCUUCAACAUCAACUACCUGGGCGCAGAGCAGGCCAGCUUCACGCUGAAUUUCUCCAAGGGUGCGUCGCAGGUCAUCGGGCAGUACUACCAGAUGAUCCGGCUCGGGAAGCGUGGGUACCGGUCCAUCAUGGUCAACAUCACGCGCAUCGCGGACUAUCUGGCGGAGCAGCUGGAGCAGUUGGGAUUCGUGAUCAUGAGCCAGCGUCGUGGUCGCGGAUUACCCCUGGUUGCCUUCCGAUUGCCGGCCCACCGGGAGGACCACUUUGACGAGUUUGCGUUGGCGCAUCAGCUGCGCGAGCGUGGAUGGGUUGUCCCUGCGUACACCAUGGCGCCGCAUAGUAACUCGUUGAAGUUGAUGCGAGUGGUUGUGCGCGAGGAUUUUAGUAUGAGUCGGUGCGACACGCUGCUGGCGGAUAUCAAAUUGGCAUUGAAGACGUUGAGCGAUAUGGACAAGACGAUGAUGGAGCGGCAUGUGCGUACACAUACGACCAACUCGCACAAGGCGAAGCACAACCAUCCACACUACAAGGGGGAAAAGCAUUCUCUGCAGGGGAAGACGGGCAAGACGCAUGGAAGCCAACGCCAGUCCGACAGUGAUCUCCCCGUCGCUGUUCCCGCAUCCCCUACUGCGCCUCCGCCGCGCUUCGUUGAUGUGGACCCAUCCGACGACGACCGCGACCAUCACGAUCACGACGAUCACGACGACCGGAAUCAACGACGUUCCAUCCGAAACCUUUUUUCCUUGCACUCCUCAGCAACCAGAGAUUCCACGGGCCCUCUCGAGCGCCAUCGAUCCUUAAGGAGGUCCUCGCCUGCCUCCCGUCGACAGCGCCCCUUGUCGGUGGACACCAGCUCUGCCGACGGCCCGCCCCUGACCUCCCGCUCGCGAGAGUAUGUGGUAGAGUCCGUCCGCACGACCCCUCAGUCGCCUAUGCCGCCCCCGGACUUGCAUCUAUCUUCUUCUCAGAACCCGCGGUUGUCUCGUUCCCCCAAUCCACCCUCCAUCCCUCGUGCCAAUACCGAUUCAACCCUGCUGUUGGACCAACAAAGCAAUCAGCAGCAGUACCGUCCGUCGCCCAUCGACCCGCCCAGGCAUCCUGUCGAGUUGCUCCCCGGUCCGCCCCAGCAACAACCAUCUCUGGAUCCGUCCAGUGCUCGGCCGCCUUCACGACAGUCUAUCGGCCCCCCUUCUCCCUUACGGCCUUUGCCCAACCAUUCGACAGACGCCUCGGCCCUUCCGCCGCAGGGCAUGUCGGAACGUCCGUCCACGGGCGCUCCGCCGGGUCCUGCCACCAACAACCCUCCGGCUUAUUCGCAGACCCCGCCGUCGAACAAUACCAAUCCGUCCCAAGGCUCGGAGCCGGGACGCAGCACGCCGACCUCCAGCCAUAGCCGCACCCGCGACGAGGGCGAGGUCGACGUGCGAUCCUUGGUCCAGAAACAUGACGAACUCCAGGCCAAAUAUUCCAAAGUGAAACGCUACUAUUUUGAAAAAGAAGCCCAGGUGCAGCAUCUUCAAAACACGGUCGCGCAUCAGCGCAUGGCGGUGUCCCGAACCGUCCUGGAUGACAACGAGUAUGCCAACCGGUUUGGUCGUCUCGACGGAGCGAUCAAGGACCUGGCAUUCUCCAUCCGGAAGGAUUGGAAGUGUCUCCCACCCUGGCUGAACGGGUACGUGAACGAGGAUGCGCAUAUGACGGGCACCAAGGAGAUGACGGCCAUCGGCCGCGCGGUCAUGAGCCGCUGGCUGGUGGAUGAGCUCUUUGGGCGGUACUUCCACCCGGCCCUGGAACCCUCGCUGGGUCAACAGCUGAAGAGCAUUGAGAACAACCUGCGCCGGCAGCAGGGCAAGACCGUCACGGAGGAGGACAAGGAGAAUGCCAUCGCCCGUAUUUCAAACUGGCGCCGCACCACGUUGGAUGGACUCGAGGACGCUCUGAUCGGCCCGGCUGCCGAUGAAAACCGCGUGCAGUUGAUCGAUCGGCUGGUGGAGAGCCUGGUGGCAACGCUGGUCACCUACCUGCAGCACCCUCCACCGCCGGGUCUCGAUAACGGCGCGCGGAUGAUCGUGGAGAACGCCAUCGGCAUCUCGGAGAAGAUCCCCCUGGAGUCCCGGGACAUCUGCGUCGACUAUGUCCUGCCGGGCACGAGUGUGCACGAGCCGACGAUGAAGUUGGAGACUGGGAUCCCGCCGUUGACUAGCGGAGCAGAGUCUAACGGCACGCGCGGAUCCGGCGACCAGGACCGUUCGGACGCCCCGGGACCGGAUGAGGAGGAUCGCGAUUCCUCGUCGGGGUCAACCCCGGAGACGGCACCGGGUCGGGAACAGCGCGUGCGGUCAGUGUUUAGUUCCCUGAUGGGGCGGCGACAGGGUCCUAGUCCUAGCACUGCCAUUGCCAGUGCCACGGCACCUGCCACGACCCCUGCCACGGCCCCUGCCACGGCCACGGCCCCGAGCCCUGGGGAGCGAUCGACGAGCUCGGAGGGAGCGCGGGUUCGGUUUUCGACGUUUGUGAUGGCGGAUGUGCGAGGGAGAGGGCCAGUGAAUGUGUUGGUGAAGGCGCCUGUAUAUUCGAUGGAUUAG